AUGUCUUCCCUUUCUACGACAGCAGUUUCGAGUCCUAAUCCUGGUACUCAAAGUGCAAGCGUCUCACCAGAAGCUACGCCAAUCCCAAGUCCUCGUCCAGACCCUCUUCUCUCUACGAAGACUCUGAAGAACACUGUGCUGAAAAGUCACGGACGCCCGCCAUGGUACGGCGAGGACGGUUUGCCUAUUUGUCAGGCUUUUGUGAUUGGUAUUGCUGGGGGCUCGGCCAGCGGCAAGACCCAUGUCGCGCGUCAGAUCGUUCGGUCUCUUGGAUCUAUCCCUACUGUCGUCAUAAUGUCCCAGGAUAGUUUCUAUAAGAAGAAGACUCCCGAAGAGCUCAAGCGUGCAUUCUCGUCCCGGUUCGAUUUUGAUCAUCCAGAUGCUUUAGAUAUGGAACUUUUUGCUGCUUGUCUCUCGGAUCUCAAGAACCUCCAGCAAACGAACAUACCUAUCUAUUCUUUUGAGAAACACCAACGUCUGGAGGAAACUCAGUAUCUCUAUGGGGCUACCAUCAUCAUCGCGGAGGGCAUCAUGGCGCUUCAUGAUCCAGAACUACGCAAGCUUUAUGAUCUCAAGGUUUUUGUCCAAGCCGACUCGGACCUUAUGCUUGCUCGCCGAAUCACCCGUGAUGUUCAGGAGCGAGGUCGAGACGUGUCUGGCAUCCUCGAACAAUAUCUUCGCUACGUGAAGCCCUCCUUCGACAAUUUCGUCCAACCGUCCUCUUCUCACGCCGAUAUUAUAGUCCCAGGACAAGACAACUCCGUGGCCAUUGAGCUCAUCGCCACGCACAUUCGCCGCCAAUUGAAGGAACGUACGCAUCAUUUCCGCAAGAAGAUGGCCGCGAAACUCCAACCAUCUAUCUCGCGAGGUCCACGAAAACAAUUAUCAGACGAGGAUCUUGGGUUGAUCGUUCUAGAGCAGACCCAUCAGCUGAGGGGCAUCUACACCAUUCUGCGAGAUGCGACCACGAAGAAGGAAGAUUUCAUAUUCUUCUGCGAUAGGUUGUCGACAUUGUUGGUAGAGAAAGCGAUGGAACAGUUAACAUUCAAAUCGAAGUCGGUCAUCACGCCGGUCGGCGUUGAAGCGAAGGGCAAGGAGCUCGAUGUCGAGUCGCUAUGCGGGGUAACAAUCCUUCGAGCUGGUGGGCCAUUGGAAAACGGUCUGAGAAGGGUGGUCAACGAUGUGCCCAUAGGCUCUCUCCUCGUCCAAUCAGACUCGAAGACAGGAGAACCAUUGCUUCUCCACAUCAUGCUCCCUGCUUGCAUCCGAGAGCGCCACCAAGCAGUGAACACAUGGGUCUGUUUGCUCGAUGCGCAAAUUGGCACCGGUGCCGCCGCCUUCAUGGCUAUUCGCGUCCUCCUCGAUCACGGCGUCCCAGCCUGGCAUAUCAUCUUCGUGACCUUCCUCGUCUCUCGUGCCGGUGGUAUAUCUUCCUUGCGGACGGCCUUCCCAGAUAUCAUCAUCGUGACGGGAGCCGUGGAUGAUGGCUUGAGAGAAGCUUGGUUGGAGGGUAUGGGCUCGGAUAGUCACAGUCAGCGGAGUGGGAGAACUGUGUUUGCGAUCGAGCCGGGGAUGGGACAAAUCGGUCAGUUCUCCGUUUGA